CGUCUCCACCACAUUCAAAUGAACACACUUCCACAGAAUUACAGCAACAAAGUCCAACACAGACAUCAACAGCAACAGAAGGAAAUACAUGUGAAUGAGGAAGAAGAAUGAAAAGGGCUUUUGUUUUAGAGGAAUAAACAAAUGAAGUGACGGAUGAGAGCAGAUAAAAUCAUCACAGAGUUUGAAGCUGAAGACAGAAACAUUAGACUCAGAACAGAAACACACAACCUCUAAAAAAUGGAGCAAACUCUAUAUUUCAUUCUUCUUCUCGUUGCUCUCUGCUCCGUAUCUGAAUGUGUUCAGCGUCAGUAUCACUUUAUAAAUGAGAAGAAGACCUGGACUGAAGCUCAGAGAUACUGCAGAGAGAAUUACACAGAUCUGGCCACCGCUGACAACAUGAACGACAUGAACGAGCUGAUGAAGAGUGUGAUUGAUGAACGUUUCUGGAUUGGGCUGCAGAAGACGGGUCGUGAUCAAUGGCAGUGGUCUUCAGGUGAACCUGUUAUCUAUCUGAACUGGGGAUAUAAACAACCUGAUGGCAGAGAUGAGUGCGCUGGGAUGAAAAAUGGACAAUGGCAUGAUUUGAGAUGUAGUGAUGAUAAAUGGCAAUUAAUCUGCAACAACAGAAACACAAGACUCGUCUUCAUCAAUCAGACGAUGAACUGGAGAAACGCUCAGAGUUACUGCAGACAGAAUCACACUGAUCUGGUCAGUGUGAGAAACCAGGAUGAGAAUGAGAAGGUUAAGAAGAUCAUUAGUUAUAAUAACUCAUCUGGAUCAUAUGUCUGGAUCGGUCUGUUCAGAGACUCAUGGCAGUGGUCAGAUCAGAGUGACUCUUCAUUCAGAUACUGGAUGUCUGGUGAACCUAAUAAUGUUGGAGGUGAUGAAAACUGUACAGUGAUUGAACCGAAAGCUCAGGGAAGAUGGAUUGACAUCUCUUGUAACAAUCAGUUUCCUUCAUAUGACCGCCUAUUUCCUUUUGUGUGUCAUGAAGAUAAACUGAUUGUGAUCAGAGAGAAUCUGACGUGGUCUGAAGCUCUGAGAUACUGCAGACAGAAUCAUGUGGAUCUGGUCUCGGUUCAUUCAGAAGAGAUUCAGCGUCGUGUGAUGAACGUGGUACACCUGGCGUCUACUGCGGAGCUGUGGUUGGGUUUACGUCACUCUCAUAUUUUGGGCGUCUGGUACUGGGUGAGUGGAGACACUGUGUGCUAUCAGAACUGGGCUCCAGGGAACGGCACAUCAGAGGAGGACUGUGAACACACAGUGAGAUCUGGAGCAGUUCAGUCUGGAGGAGAUCAGCGCUGGAUCAGCCGUCCUGAAACUGACAAACUCAACUUCAUCUGCAGCAGAUAUUAAGAGUGAAAGGAUACACAGACCUUCAUAAGAAAACAAGUGCUUGUGUGUUCACUUCCUUUAACUUCAUUUUCAUUCAUCACUUUGUUAAACAAUAAUUUUUCAUAUAAUAAUAACUUGAGUCUCAGCAGGCAGUCGCACCAGAGGGGAAUCUCUUUCUCAGAUGA